AUGGAGAAUGGCACAGGAGAUGAGCAGAACCAAACUGGGCUCCCACUAUCAAGCCAGGAGGUUGUUACACCCGAAUACCAAGUGGUUACCAUCCUCUUGGUCCUCCUCAUCUGUGGAUUGGGCAUCGUGGGCAACAUCAUGGUGGUUUUGGUGGUCCUCAGAACCAAACACAUGAGAACUCCCACUAACUGCUAUCUGGUGAGUCUGGCCGUGGCAGAUCUCAUGGUGCUUGUGGCUGCAGGACUACCCAAUAUCACAGAAAGCCUCUAUAGAUCCUGGGUGUAUGGCUAUGUGGGAUGUCUCUGCAUCACUUAUCUCCAGUACCUAGGGAUCAAUGCUUCUUCUUUUUCCAUCACUGCCUUCACCAUUGAGAGAUACAUAGCCAUCUGCCACCCAAUCAAAGCUCAAUUCCUAUGCACUUUUUCAAGAGCCAAAAAGAUCAUUAUUUUUGUCUGGGCUUUCACCUCCAUAUACUGUAUGCUCUGGUUUUUCUUGCUAGACCUUAAUACAGUAGUCUACAAAGACACUACUGUUGUGUCCUGUGGCUACAAGGUGUCCAGGAGCUAUUACUCUCCUAUCUACAUGAUGGACUUUGGUAUAUUUUAUGUCUUGCCAAUGGUAUUGGCAACUGUCCUCUAUGGCCUGAUUGCUAGAAUACUGUUCCUGAACCCCAUCCCUUCGGACCCAAAAGAAAACUCUAAGACAUGGAGGAGUGAUGUGACUCACCAGAGCAAGCCCGUGAAUUCCAAGAUGACUAACAGGAGUUUCAAUAGCACUAUUGCUUCUCGAAGGCAGGUUACCAAGAUGUUGGCCGUGGUGGUGGUCCUGUUUGCGUUUCUAUGGAUGCCCUACCGCACGCUUGUCGUGGUCAAUUCUUUUCUCUCCAGCCCCUUCCAAGAAAACUGGUUCCUGCUAUUUUGCAGAAUCUGUAUUUAUUUAAAUAGUGCCAUCAACCCUGUAAUUUACAAUCUCAUGUCCCAGAAAUUCAGAGCAGCCUUCAGGAAACUCUGCAACUGCCAGCAGAAACGGGAGAAGAAACCAGCCAAUUACAGCGUGGCCCUAAAUUAUAAUGUCAUCAAAGAGUCUGAUCACUUCAGCACCGAGCUAGAAGAUAUUACUGUCACCAAUACCUACCUGUCCUCUGCAAAAUUGUCCCUUGGUGAUAAGUGUUUGUCAUCUGAGGUAACAGUUAAUCUAUUUUAA